AUGCAAGUCUUGGUGGUAAUUCUUUUAGGCUUCACAUUAUCGGCUGCUAGUGGAAGAAUUUUAAAUACAGACCAUGGGAAUCUGUUCUACGGUGAUCGAGCGGCCUAUCUCGUGUUCAUGGCCUUCCACAACAACAAUCAGCGGUGCGGUGGCACCAUCGUUGAGGACAACUGGAUACUGACGGCACGCUCCUGCCUGACAUACAGCACGGGAGUGACCAUUUACUUUGGAAUGGGACCCGGCCGAUACUCGAUUUAUGUGAGUAGCUCACAGUAUGUGAAAGACAACGAGCAUCUUGCUCUGGUGCGCGUACCUCUGAUAGUCUCCAGCAAGGGAACAAGGAAGGUGGCACUGCCAGAACAGAGGAAUCAAUCGAAUGGUUACGAAAACCAGUGGGUCAGCCACUGCGGCUGGGGCAGCACUGAACCCACCUAUGGAAAACAACCCAACUGGCUGCAGUGUGUCAACCUGAAGAUCAUGCCCAACAACGAGUGUGGUCUGGACACCAUAAACGAACGCAUUCUGUGCACACGUCCAGUCAGUGGAAUGUUCAACUGCUUCGGCGAUGCCGGCAAUCCUUUGGUCACGGGAGUGUACCCCAUUUUGGUGGGGCUGUCGCUGUCUGGUUGUAACCCGGGACUGGGAGCUAAGUUUGCUCGGAUUAUCAGCCAUUUGAACUGGAUACGGCAGCACACCGGCAUAUACCACUGA